CCCAGUUGGCUCUUCAGACGGAGCGCUGAACGGCUGCGGUACUUGAUGACUGCUCAUGAGAGAUAUAGCUCGAUUACAAUUUGUCUUUGCCCCACGACUGUUAAGUGUCCAAUUUUCACCCACACCACUUCUGAAAUCUCCGGUCAGACAAACGCUUGCACACUUCAAGGUGACAGGUCUGUGAUAGUUGGAUGACAACAGCGUCUUGGACAAGCACUUCAUCCUGGAAGAUCUAUUUUGUAGCUGAGAGUUGUCUGCUCUUUUGCGGAUUUAGUGUGGAGGAAUCUUGCUGAAGGACCGCUGCACCUUUUUCUCACUAGUUUCUGGACUCACAAAUGAGAGCGUUGACUCCACCAAUGGAAGCCGUACCGUUGCCAAGACUUCGCUCCCCCCUUACGCUGGCCGGUAGCAGCCCCCGGAGCGAUACCAGUUCGGUACCCAUGAUGAAUUCACCAACAGACUCUGACGAGUCCUCGGAGUUUACUACGAGUACAACCACCACAACAGGGCGACACGGAAGCAGUGCAUCACGGAGCGGUGGCAUCCACGGGCCGGACGCGUCGAUCCUCCUGCAUCACAGCAGCGCGCCCGGCGCGCUGAACUCACCCGUCGCGAACAGCACAUCAGCCCCCGUGGACACCUCAGCUGGGUUGGUCAUCAGCAUGCCGAACAACAACACCAUACACCCUUUGAAAAACUACCACACAGAGCCCGUAAGGACUUCCAACGCACCCUCCUUUCUGAUAAGGGACAUUUUGGGUGACAUGAAGCCGAGGGAAACAAGGGUCGUCGUGUCAGAGGAUGACGAUGACCUGGACGAGGAUAGGGACUCAGACUGUGACAGGACAAUGUUUGGUGACCACAGGGACAAACUCACAGGGAGGGAUUCGGACCCAGACCACCCUCACCACAGGUAUCAUCACCACGUACAUCACCACCCGGACAAUCACAUGAAAAGACCGCAUAGUGAAGACAUGGAAGACGACCCUAAGAUCGGACCCUGUGAAAUGGGAUCAGGUAAAGACAACGAGAUCUCGUCGAGUCGAGACAGCCACAGUCCUGGCAAGUCCAAGAAGCCUCGUAAGGCCCGCACUGCCUUCACGGACCAUCAACUCAACUCGCUCGAGAGAAGCUUCGAGAGACAAAAGUACCUCUCGGUUCAGGACCGUAUGGAGCUCGCUGCUAGUCUUAACCUCACUGACACACAGGUCAAGACGUGGUACCAGAACAGGAGGACAAAAUGGAAACGCCAAACAGCCGUUGGUCUGGAGCUUCUUGCCGAGGCGGGUAACUACACUGCAUCAAUGCAGAGGAUGUUCGCCCCACCCUUCUACUACCAUCCGACCCAGGGUAUCGUGUCCAAUCUGGACGGUCUGUACAACCUCCACGGCGGGCAGAGACCCGUGUUUCCGCGUCUUUUUCUCCACGGUCUCCAGCAACACGUGAGCCAUUUACCGCUGGCACCGAGAGCUCUUCAUCCGCACAGCCAUUGAUGAGCCAAAACGUCUCCAAAAACAACAUUGGUGGUGCCACUUUCCUGACGAAAUCCCCCAAAACAAAGGGUUAAACCCUGAAACAGUGGACUGCUGUCUUGUUUUCAAUAAAACUCAGCCCCAUUUUUGUUCCACCCGAACGCUAAAUGAGCCAAAUCACCUUGCUACAUGUACUCUACCAUGUGCCCAGUUACCGGUCACCCGGAAGUUGAAGCCACAAUGUUACCUGGUCCCCACCUCCACGUUUGAUGCGUUCAAUGAUGCUAGACUGGCAGCCGUACGCCGAUGUUGACAUGUCAAGCUGCAAAGAACGGGGUUCGAACCAACGACCACAAGUGAGCACGAGGUCGUCCUACUGCUUUAGACAUUCCCAAAAGUGUAUGUUGUCUGGGCCCUAAUAUAAUAGCAUCAUCAGAACGCAUCCUAGCGAAACAACAUGUUUAAAAACAAUUUCCUAGAGAAUGACACACGAAAAUAAGCCUACUGGUAUAAUUUUUACUGGUGAUGAGCCGAACAAGCUGUCAGUUAGACAGGCUUCGUCAAAAAUAAGGCCCCCUUCACAAAUACUGAAGGCCUACUAUGUUUUUGAUGGAAAACUAUUGAGGGGAAAAACUAAGUGUACGAACAGGGCCAACAUUCGUUGAAAAGCUGAUGAGCAGAAUGCAUUCCCAGGGUACACUUAAGAAGGAAAACAGUCGAAGGAACUGUGACAUGGUAUUCAUGGCUGGUAAACCAAUUCCUGCUUGGGCAAACCAUGUUUGCGCUUAGCUAUUUGUGCUUAACAGCUUUUAUGACAAUGGACCGAUGCCUUUUGACAGUAUAGUGCAAUAACAAUGGGGUGAAUUCUACUUAGCUGAUUGUGAGUUCCUGACAGUUCCAAGUUGACAAUGUCGCUGUGGUAUCGAGUGUUAAGCACCAGACAGUAUUUGAAAAUAUUUGUUAAAGUUUCUUUCGCUAUCAAUCAUACACUCAAAUGGUGAUGCAAUUUGUACGGCAUACAACCAUGUUGAAAAUUGCUGUUUCUCGACAACAUGAAGAAAAUUCUUGAUAAAAUUACCAACAAGAAGUUUUGAUCCUACGUCUGCAAAGGACAUUGUCAGCUCACAACUUGACAUGUCUUUCAAUCGGACAUGUCAGGGGAUUUUACCAUACCAUACUCAAGACACGUCAAGUUGCACACAUAACAAACAAAGGGUAUAACAAGGUGUAUUUUGUGUUACUGUAAGAUGGAAUUUAAUAUCUAUUUACACAAAAGAAAAGUGAGUACAACGCAGAGAGAUAAUUCCCGCCAAUUUUGACUGGCGCUUAGGUAAAACUUGUUUUGUUUUGUUGGCACACUGUAGGAAUUAUAAAUAUAUAUUAUCAAGAGUCUAUUUUCGUAUGAAUACCUGACAUGCGAAAUGUUAAUUAGUGUUCAAUGUCUUUCUUUCUGAAGUGCGGGACUAUUAACUAUUUCAUGAAUAGAACUAAAGACAUGUCUCUGAUAUUACUAGAUUAUCUGGCUUAUGGGACAUUGUCUGUUACGUGACAAUCGGAAAAGUUAUUAAAUAGAGAUUUCGCUUAUUCUAUAGAUUUUUUUUUAUUUCAAAAAUGAAAUACAACACGCAGAGUUUUCAACAAACAAAAACAGUCGAUAGAGAUUUUUUAAUUCUAUAUUAAAAAAAAGUCCAAUAAAAUUUGUGUUUUUUUAGAAUGAAAUUCAACACGCAGGGUUUUCAACAACAAAAACAGUCAAGAAAUCAAGUGGAGAUUUCAGAUUCAAUUAGACGACUGUUUAGUGUUUAAUCCCUCAAUUAACAGGGAAUAACCGUGAGUAUGGAACUACGCAAAGAAAGCCGCUCGCUGAGCGUGAAUUCCCCAAAAUGAUAUUUUUUAUCGCUGGUCUACAGCGCAAAACAAAAGAUGAGAAAACUUAACAAGGACAGACUUAAUUCCCAAAAGAGAUAACAGAUUUAAUUUGUUUAUAUAUUGUAUACGUUAAUAAGAAUACAUCUUGCCAGAUUGAUUGUGUAAUUAUACGAAACGAGGGAAAAUGUUUCCCGCUAGACGAAAUAAGUAUAAGACCGCAAGGUUUUUUUUAAUAAUCAAGUUUAGCUGGCUUGAGAAUAUUUAAUAUAAUCUAAGUUAUACCUUGAUUAUGAGGUGGGUAUAAAUAACCAGAUAGGGAACAUUGGAUCCUUUUGUUGGAAUAACUGUACGGGGACAAUUUAAUGAAACGCGAAUCAAACGGAAUUAUAUACGUCUGGAAGUUAAUUUGGGGUUGUUUACAGCGAGCGAGGCUCGGAGACUCGUCUACGAAUUAGAGAUAAAAAAAACAAAGAAUAGACAGAAGAAAUUCGGAGAUCUUUUUGUCAUUGUUAGUUUCUUUUUCUUUCCAAAUGGUUUGGGAUUGUUUGGCUAUAGCUUAAAAAACAGCAAACGGGCAGUUUUGGGGAAAUGGUGAUAUGUUUUAAUGGGGAAGAAUGAAUGCAACAAAGAAGUAUCUCAUAUAAAAUGCAAGGUUAAACACUAACAAUUAAUAAAUUAUAACAAUAUUAACAAAGAACCAUUUUGCAAAGUACCCGCUGCCAUUUCAAUAGCCUUUGUUAUCAAUUAUGACCAAAACACGCAUGCAUUUUUAAUCAGCACUAGUUAAAAAGGCUGUCUCGGAAGCUAUUAUUACGGUACUUAGCUGUUAGCUCCGCCCACUAUUAAAACCUUUAAUAUUUUAACGACGUCACUAAUGAAUAAUUCAAAGUUUUUUUUGGAUAAGACCAGUUGGUUAAGCUGGUUUCAAAUUCAUAUGAAUACGAAAUGGUAAUUUGUUAACUUAUGCGCACUAAGUAUGCAUAAAUUAACAAAUUACCAUUUUGCUACACGAAUCCAUGGACCAUAUGCACAUGGCGUCAUUUAAGUUUAGCGCCCUCAGCUGGAGAUCAAAAGAAGGUUGCUGAUUGACCCAUCAUGUGUGUUGUGCGUACUGAGAUGCGCGUUUGCAAUCGCUGCAACAUUGUUUUAAAUCCAAGAUGGCGGCGUGGUGACGUCAUUGCAUAAGGUCCAUUGCAUCGUUUAGGUACACAUAGAAUGCAACCAUAACGUUUGACAUAAACACUCAGAUUCGCACUUCUUCAGUGCGUGAUUUAUUCCAUAAACUGCAUUAAUCGAAAGCAGAACAUCAUUCCGAAAGCCUACACAAUAAUAUUAUCAAAAAUACCAUAUAAAUAAACGAGAAUCAUUCCUUUUUAAAAUGGCAUUCCAAAGUAAUAGACCACUGCCAUUUAAUGCCAGUUUAUUAUCUUUUGUUGUUGUAAACAAACCCAAAAUGUUCAUUAUUUUUUCUUAAAUUUCCUCUAAACCUACCACUGAUUACCAGGUGAGGGAAUCAGAUUGUUGUAAUAUAAAGCUGUUUGUAUAAAAAACAAAAAUCACAAAUAAGGGGAAUUGUGACUUUAAAACAAAAUCAAAGACAAAAAAGAGAGACAUGAAAUGUGUAUAAUGGUUGCCCUGAUGCGUAAUCCAACUUGUGUAGAUUUAUUUGUAUAGUACAGUUUUUUCCGUGAAACUUGUGAGGUCAAAUAAAAAAAACGGAGCUAGCUCGAAGAGCGUAUACAAUGA